CAGAGAUCGACGCGAGACCCCGAGAAGUUUCCUACUGUUCAAUUGUUUCUUCUGGCUAUUGUUCGUCUUGCGGAGCCCAUCGCGCUCACCUCUAUCUUCCCCUAUGCCUGGCCGCUUGUCAAGAAGUUCCAUGUCGGCGAUGAGAAUGAUGCCUCGUUCUACGCCGGAUUGCUCAUCUCAGCCUUCGCGUUGGCAGAGUCGCUGACGGGAAUGUUCUGGGGAGGGCUUUCAGACAGAAUUGGCCGCAAACCCGUUUUGCUUAUGGGAUGUACUGGGACGAUGAUGAGCAUGAUUUUGGUUGGGUUCGCAUCGAACAUCUACAUGGCAUUGGCGGGCCGAGCAAUUGGAGGGGUCCUGAAUGGAAACAUUGGCGUCAUUCAAACCAUGGUCGCAGAACUUGUCACCAAACCGGAGCAUGAGCCACGCGCCUAUUCGAUUAUGCCUUUUAUCUGGAGCAUUGGCACAAUUAUUGGUCCAGCACUCGGUGGGACAUUCGCGGAUCCCGCUACUUCGUGGCCGGAUACUUUCUCCCAGGAUGGACUUUUCGGACGAUUCCCAUAUCUUCUGCCAAACUUGCUUUGUGCAAGUUUGCUCCUGAUUAGCAUUCUCGCGGGGUACUUCCUGCUCGAAGAGACCCAUCCGGAUAUGCAACCACGAGUUCUGCUGCCAGAUGACACAUAUGUGUCUGAGGAAACGCCAUUAGUUGCUACCGCCGAUGCGAUUAAAACCCCAGCUGUUGAUCUACGAGCAGACACAUACGGUACCUUCGAGGGCAGCGACGACAGCAAAUGGAGACAUGCCACCGAGAAGAAUCGUACUCCAAAGAUCUUCUCCAAACGCGUCGUUGCACUGAUCGUUGCCCUUGGAAUCUUCACCUACCAUAGUAUGACUUACGAUCACCUCCUGCCCAUUUUCCUUGAAGAUGCCCGCGGGGAGACGAAUAUUUCGAUCUUGACCCACGCAGCCAUUGGCAGUCCUCUCUCUUCUGGUGGUCUCGGUCUCAGUGUGCAGAAAGUGGGUGUAAUCAUGUCCAUAAACGGCGUGAUUGCUCUAUUCGUCCAAGCAGUUGUCUUCCCUCUUGCGGCAGAAAUGCUAGGAAUUCACAGACUGUUCAUCUUGGUUUCUGUCCUACAUCCAAUUGCAUAUAUCAUCAUGCCAUAUUUGGUCUAUCUGCCAGCAACUUGGGUUACUGCAGGAAUAUAUACUUGUCUUACGGUCCGAAAUAUGCUGUCCAUUCUUGCAUAUCCAGUUCUUUUGAUCUUGAUCAAAGAAGCAACACCUUCUCCUUCAGUCCUGGGAAAGAUCAACGGUCUAGCGGCAUCAGCAGGUGCUGCUUGCAGAACGGUCGCACCGCCUGUGGCUGGAUAUCUAUAUACUUUGGGGUCGAGAAUGGAUUUCUCUGGAUUGGCAUGGUUUGGAAGCGCAUUCGUCGCAAGCAUUGGUGCUAUUCAAGCCUUCACUAUCAAAAGAACGAAGAAAGAGCAGGGAGAAGAA